GUCUGGCUGGCUGCAGCAGCUUAGCUUUCGACUUACAAUUCCAUUUGUGUGCUGCCUUCCGUAUAGUGCGCGCAUCUCCGGACGGCUUAUUUUAUAAGCGAGCAUCGAAGUAUCUGAAUCAAUACUCAGUGUUUCUUGUUUAUUAUUGAAUGUUUUAUUGUUCUUGCUGAUCGGCGCUAAAAGUGCUUCUGAUAAAUUGUUGUUGUUUAUACUCGACCAGAAAAAAAGAUGCUUCGAACGCGCACAUGGAUCGCGUUAUCUUUUGUCUUAUUUCUUUGCUCGUAUUUUAGUGAUGCGCUAAUACAAGACGAGGACGAUGCAUCAUCAACGGAAUCCUCCGCAGAGGUUGAUCUUUCCAGCGAUGCAAAAGACGAUCAUAAUGUACGUGUAACCGAGAAUCGUUUAGCUGCACAGCUAUUCGCCGUACUCGAGCACUUUAAGCAAGAAGAUCCAGUGGGUCUUCCGGGUGCACCGAUUCCAGAUCCCAUGGAGGUGCCGGAUAUUCGUAAAAGUGUCGGCAUGGGUACGUUGAGUAUGUCCAAGGUGAAAGCUUAUGGACUGUCGAAAUUUCGUAUCGACUCUGUUAAUGCGGACUUACAGCAAAUGGUGGUCGAUGUCGGCAUACAAUUGGAUGAGAUGAACGUUAAGGGAUCUUACACGCUCAGUGCUCUUUUUACCCGUGCAAAUGGUCCGUUCACAGUUGUCCUUAAAAAUGUCUAUGUCAAAGCGAACGCAGGGCUUGCGGUGGAAAAAAAAGAUGGCCACUUAACUACGGAACACAUCAAAAUGGAUAUAACAUUUCGUGAUAUGUCAAUGGACUUCCAGAAUUUAGGUUUAGUGGGCAAUUUAUUCCAAAGCGUAGUGAAUUCUGCGCCUACACUCGUCUUCGAUGCAAUGAAACCAUUCAUGCUACAGGAGGCGGAUAAGAAAAUACGUGAGGAGGUAAAUGGAAAUCUGGAAAAAGUCUUAGGUGAUCGGCGCCUGCCAAACUCAAUUACGCCGCUCGACAUGGCCAUUGCCGAAGGACGUAAAAAGGUGCGAGAAAUGGGCUAUGAUCCAUAUCAUUUGCCUGACUAUAAUCGCACAGCUGGCAUAUUCACCUUUCAUCUGCUCAACUCUUGGAUUUAUGGUGUGGCGAGUUUCUAUCGCGUGGGUGAUAUGUCGGUGUCGAUGCAGAAUAACACAAUUAAAUUGCAUUUCCAUGUGGGUACACAAGAGAUUGCCGGCGAAAGCCAUUGGGAAGUGGAUUUCGCUUUGGCUUCACGUACAGGAGUAUUCAAAUUCUCUGUACAAUAUAUACGUUUAACUGUGGAAGUGAGUCAAGCGUUAGAUACACGUAAGCGACCAGUUAUCAAUGAUUUGCAAAUCGAUUUGGGUAACAUACAAGUGCGCAGUGAUGGCGCUGGUACAUUGGAUUACAUUGCUGAGGCGGCCGUGAAUAUUUUACCAAAUUUAUUGCGCUAUCAAAUUAUAGAUUUACUAGAAAAUCCCAUUAAGACGCGCAUACAAGAGAAAUUCGACACAAUUGAUGUUGAGAAGGCAAUCAAGGAGAACUUUGAAAAGUUCGAAAAUAUGGGUAGUGACUUUUCAUUUGAUUUUAAGCUAUAAAUGGAAAUACUAUACGAUGAAUAUAAUGCUAAUAUUUAUAAAGGUAAAUUAAAUAAAUAAACUUGUAAGCUACAAAGUUGGUAAAAGUGGCUUAUUGCUUAAGCAUAAUUA